GCAGCUAAUACCCCAUUUGACUUUGCUACGGUCUACAUCAAAUUUGUAACUUUUGAGACUUCGUCGGGAGGCUGGAGACCGGAGAGUGACAAACCUUACUAAACCACCAACCAGCCAACAAUAUGCCCUCUUUAAUCAACUAUCCAGAUCAAGCAAAAGUUAAGUGACAAGUGAAGGUCCCGUUUCUUUAGUCUUUAGUUUGUAUUGGCACCUGUCACAAACAUUCACGGGACUUUAAAAACACCCAUCUUUCGUUUUGGACACUUUUUUUUAUAGUGUACUAAGUUAGUGUGUGCAGAUUCCUUGGAAUUAUUCUUGGGGUGCAGUUUCCUUGGAUUCUUGUCUCGUUGUAGAUCAUUUUGCUUGAUUGUUAAUACCCUGCUGUUAUUUUCCUUAUUUUGUUCUUUUUCAAUGCUUCAAAAUUUGUUCUUUCAAGUCUCUUUCGCAGAUUUUACUUUUAUCCAGUUCUGUCUGCCUUUGAUGGUUUAAUCUGCGGUUGAAGGUCAUUUUUAUUCUGGGUUUUUGAUCUUGUUGGUGGGUUUUUAAUUCUUUGCAAUUCAGCAUUGUUGUUAAUUUUGCUUCCAUUUUUUUUUUCUAGUAAAUUGAUCGAUUUUCAUUCUAGCAAAAAGGUAAAACACUCGUUAGUGCAAUUCGGGACCAUCUUUGAUAAAUCAAUGUGUUGAAAUAGGAGAAUUUGUGUUUACUUUGCCUUUUAUUUUGUUUCUAAAAACAAUGCUGAAUUACUUCAAACGAUUAACUGUAUUUUGAUCAUUUGGGUUUUAAUAACCAGGUUUGAGCAAUGAUUUGUAUCAUAUUAUUCGAUGUUUGAGCAUAUUGGUUUAUGUGAAUUGUAAGUUUCAGGAAUUGGGUUUUGUGCUGCAAAUAUGGCAGCUUGUUUGUCUCCUUGUUUUGUACCAUUUGACUCUCGAGCAUCUGUUGGAGUGUUCGCCUUAUCCAGAAAAUAUAGUUUGAAGGAGAGGUGGAUUAAUGGAGCUAGUUUCUUGAAGGGUUUUAGCAAGAGGGGUUCAUUGGGUGCUUGCCAAAGGCAAAGAGAUUUUCCAAGUUUCACAAAGUUUAAAUGUUCUGUUAACUCUAAUAAUGCUAGCCCAAAUCAUAGUAAAGCAUCUUUUCUGGAUUUACACCCUGAAGUUUCAAUGCUUAGUGGUGAAGAAAAUGAUGCACUUUCUAACCUGAGAAAUGAAAAUUAUUCUAAGAACAUCACCAAGAGCUUGAGUGAACCCUCCAGCCCAAGUAACUAUAGUGAAGCUAAGAUCAAAGUUGUUGGUGUUGGGGGUGGUGGGUCUAAUGCCGUUAACAGAAUGAUUGAGAGCUCAAUGAAAGGCGUGGAGUUUUUGAUAGUUAACACAGAUGCUCAAGCCAUGAAGAUGUCUCCUGUGUUGCCAAAGAACCGUUUACAAAUUGGCAAGGGGCUGACUAGGGGUCUCGGUGCUGGUGGGAACCCAGAAACUGGCAUGAAUGCUGCCAGCGAAAGCAGAGCAGCAAUUGAGGAUGCAGUUCAUGGUGCAGACAUGGUAUUUGUGACGGCUGGAAUGGGUGGAGGAACUGGCACUGGUGGGGCUCCAGUAAUUGCAGGCAUAGCAAAGUCAAAGGGAAUCUUGACUGUUGGUAUUGUUACAACACCCUUCUCUUUUGAGGGACGGAAGCGGGCAAUUCAAGCUCAGGAGGGAAUUGCAACCCUACGUGAAAAUGUUGACACACUUAUUGUUGUUCCAAAUGACAAGUUACUGACUGCAGUUUCACAGUCCACCCCAGUAACAGAAGCAUUUAAUUUGGCAGAUGAUAUACUUUGGCAAGGUGUUCGUGGUAUCUCUGAUAUAAUUACGGUGCCAGGUUUAGUUAAUGUUGACUUUGCUGAUGUGCAUGCUAUUAUGAAAGAUACAGGGUCUUCUCUAAUGGGGAUAGGAACUGCAACUGGCAAGAGCAGGGCAAGAGAUGCUGCAUUGAAUGCCAUCCAGUCACCUUUGCUAGACAUUGGGAUUGAAAGAGCUACUGGUAUCGUGUGGAAUAUAACUGGCGGAACUGAUUUAACUUUAUUUGAGGUGAAUGCUGCAGCGGAGGUUAUUUACGACCUUGUAGAUCCAAAUGCAAACUUAAUAUUUGGAGCGGUCAUAGAUCCAUCACUAAGUGGCCAAGUCAGCAUAACUCUGAUUGCCACUGGAUUCAAGCACCAAGAAGAUAGUGAAGGCAAGGGAGCUCAGCUUGUGCCUGCUGAAGUUUCCAUCGGUUUCAACAGACGUACUCCUGAUACAGAUGAUGGUUUGCCAGAGAUUCCCGAGUUCCUAAGGAAGAAAGGCCGUUCACGAUUUCCUCUACUCUGAUUUUGUUUUCUUGAAAUGUAAAUCUCCUCUCCUUUAUUGUUUAACUUUGUUAAGCUUUCUUUUCAUAGGAUUAGAACCUAAUAGAAUGCCUCUUUGGCAAUGCAAGUUGUUUUUGCUCUUAACAACUAAUUGACUACAAAUUUAUUUGCUUGAACUUUCUUAGAUACCAAUAUAUAGAUCAAAUAUUUUGUUGG